AUCCCCUCCCCGGUACUCGACGUGCCGUUCCACUCUCGUUACCUCUGGGCUGGCGUCAUGCCUUUCCGCGCAUACCUCUCGAAGAAGAUCAACCCCGCGCACUUGAACCCUGACACUCUCGUUGGCAAAUACGUGCCGAACCUGAUCGCGAAGCCCUUCGAGGUGACCAAGGAGUACGCCCAGCUCAUCUACGACCAGACCCUCUCGCCUCGCCUCGACAAGGUGCUCCGCAAGUGGGAUCAGGACAACUGGGGCUCGCAAGAGCAGCGCCAGAAGCUCGCGUACAUUAUCCUCGUUGAGCUCCUCGCGUAUCAGUACGCGACGAGACCCAAGACAUUCUCUUCGUGCACUGCAAGUUCGAGAGGGUCGUCGAGAGCGGGCCUUCGCUGA